CGCCUAUCCCCUUUAAGAGGAACAGGUGACACAAAGCAAGAGGCGUCAUAAAUGGUGAAAGCGCGCGGGAAACUGUAUUCUGCCUCCAUGAUUGGUCAGGAGAAUAAGACAACAACAGCGCGCGCCAAACGCCGCAACCGGCCCGGCCUCUUUACAGCCCACCAUAACGCCACGAUGGCCCCGCCUCCUUCCUUCAGCGGCCCAAUCAGUACCUGACCAGCUCCUUCAGAAAGGCGCCCCUACUGCAGGGCGGAGCAGCGCUUGGCUCGCCGCCGCUGGCCCGCGAUCCCAAGAAGUUUCGAAUUCUGUUGGCCGGAGAGCGCCCUAGCCAAUGGCGGAGCCAGGAUGUGACCUAGUCCCGCCCACAUGGGCGUGACCGGCCACUUUCUCACAGGUGAUUGCCUGGACUUGGCUGUCACUCCAUUAUGUAUCAACGGGAUUCGGUGAUUGGUUCCGCCCAGGCGCGAAAUGUAACGCGGGAAAAGCUUGGGCUCGGCAGGGGCCGGGCUGCCUGCAGGUUCGGAGGGGUCGCGGCGGCGGCUCGGGUUCUGUUGUGACCGAGGCCAGGUUGUGGAACCGACACCGCCGCAAACAGAGAAGCGCAGGUGCGGCCGCGUCUCCGCGGGCUGCUGCCAUGGCCGGCGGCCGCCGCUGACACGGCGCAUCUGCAGGUCGGCGGCCGGAGCGGGAGGGGAAACGCUGAGACUCGGAGAGGACCGGCCGGCGAUGAGUGGCUGAGGCGGAUCGGGCGGUGACAGGCGGCUGUAGGGUGAGAUCUCCGCGCCCGGGAGAGCGGGCCUGAGCCGCUACGGAGCUUCCACGCCCCGCUGCCUGCGAGGGGCUCGCGAUGGCGGAGAGGCCGCCCCCGGUGAUCUUCUGCCAGGAUUCCCCGAAGCGUGUCCUAGUCUCCGUUAUCAAAACCACCCCGAUUAAACCGUCCCGGGGGGGCGACGAGCCGGCGCCCGCCCCGCCCGUCCCCACCAGCCCUGGCUUCAGUGACUUCAUGGUGUAUCCCUGGCGCUGGGGGGAAAACGCGCACAACGUGACCCUCAGCCCCAGUAGCGCCGCCGCUCCCUCCUCCGUCCAGCAGCCUCGAGGCGGGGUGGUCCGAACCUCCAGCGGGGAGGAUGAGGAGGCGGGCAGCCCGGAUAGCGGCGGCAGCCACCUGAAGGAUGGUAUUAGACGUGGCCGACCAAGAGCAGAGACAGUGCGAGAUCUAAUAAGUGAGGGAGAGCAUUCAUCCAGCCGAAUCCGUUGUAACAUCUGCAACAGGGUGUUUCCACGAGAGAAAUCUUUACAGGCACACAAAAGAACUCACACCGGUGAAAGGCCUUAUUUGUGUGACUAUCCAGAUUGUGGGAAAGCCUUUGUUCAGAGUGGGCAGCUCAAAACACACCAACGUCUUCACACAGGAGAAAAGCCUUUCGUCUGCUCAGAAAAUGGAUGUUUAAGCAGAUUCACACAUGCAAACCGUCAUUGCCCCAAGCAUCCCUAUGCAAGACUGAAGAGAGAAGAACCCACAGGCAGACUGAGUAAAAAACAAACAGCUGACAAUAAAGCUGUUGCUGAGUGGCUAGCAAAAUAUUGGGAGACUAGAGAGCAGCGCACUCCUACUUUGAAAAGCAAAACAGCUCAGAAAGCUGACCAGGAACAACAAGAUCCCUUGGAAUAUCUUCAGUCUGAUGAAGAGGAUGAUGAGGAAAAAAAUAGUGCUCCCUCAGCUGCCCGCCGUCGCCUUCAGGAGCAGCGUGAACGCCUGCAUGGUGCACUGGCUCUUAUUGAGCUUGCAAACCUGGCUGGAGCACCACUGCGACAGUAGCAUAGGAACUGAAUCUGCCAGUAUAUAAAACGUACUGCCUGGUGGUACUUAACCAGUUAGAUCCUGGGCAUAAGCUAAGCACCUUAUUUGCUUAUCAUAGGCUGCUAUUCUGUAGAAUUUAUGAAGAAUGUUGUUGCCCCACAAGAUGGGGUGAGAGAAUUGCACUUUUUUGUAUGGUAAAAGACAGAUGUAAAGUUUUUAAGUAUUUUGUAAAUAUGGGACUGCACAAUGCAGGGUCAACAAAUUGCAUAUUGUGGAAAGUUAAGAUUUUUGCAAGGUUAAUUCAUUCAUUUGAAGCAGUUCUCACAGGAAGCACUUUCUGAACAUAAUGCUGUAUGAAUAGGAGAAUUGUACAGGUAACAAGAUGAGGAUUAUUUAUCUGACUAUUUAAACAAAAUUACAUUUAGUAUGUUUGAUAAUACUGUAAGCAGUGAUGCAACCAAGUCUUUAAUGGCAAUAUAUUUUGCCUAGUAUCACUGAGAAGAGGGCAAAGGUUCUAACUUGUGGCAGGGAAGAAACUGGUUAUGUAGAAACUGAGAGUUCAGGAUCUUCACUGUGACUGCCCAAAGUAUGAGACUGACUUCGCUAUCAUAUUUUAGACUUGAGAUUUCAGUAGAAUCUCUUGAUCUGAAUAGCACUUGUUAUUCCUAGCACAUGAUGUUGGGAACUUUUGCACAUUGUCGGGCUUAUUUGAAGAUGAAUGAUUAGCCUUGCAAAGUCUAGACAUAAAGGUAACAAUUCGUAAUAUUUCUCAGAUAUUUUGGACCCUGUAAUGAGAUUUGGCACUUGUUUUGUUAAUAAAGUGGGUAUUUACAGGGUGGUAUUGAUUUGUAGUAAACUAUUUAGACAUCUUAUUAGCUAACACUACGUUUUAAAGUUCUGCUUUUAUAUGAAUAUUAGCAAAUAGAAGCCUCCAUAUUCUUUUUUUAAUUGCAUAAAGCCACCUUAUUGCUUUACUUCAGGAUAAGAUGUCAAGUUUGUGUUCACUAAGUGUAGUACAGCUAUCAGUUAAACACGGCAGAAGAAUAUUUGCUAUUCAACUAGAAAAUAGGCUUCCAGAGAUAGUUGCAAGUGUGUUUUAAAUUGUGUGGUUUCAUAUAUCUUUCCCAAAUAAAUGAAGUUACAGAACACGGCUUAGUGAUCUCAAGCACAAAACGAAAAGUAAGUUUAGCAGUACAUCCUCAUCACCUCAUGUUUUGUAUUGGUUUUAUCUGACUUACAAUACAACAGGCUUGUCUCAUGGUCUUAUUUUGCUUUUCUUUUGAGCAGCAUAUAACCAGAGAUGCAUAAUAUGCUAACAGAUAAUAAAUUUGGUGAAUUGGGCAUGCUCCUGAAUAUUUUUUUUAAUGUCAGGUUGCUGGUUUAGUGGAUAUUAACAAAAAAUCCAGUUAUCUUCAAAUGUAUUGACCUACUGCUUCUGUAGAUCAUAACAUUACCUGGGCUAUAGACCCCUCCCUCUUAUCACAACAAAACCAGAAAAUAUAGAUGUGAAGGGGAGCCAUUUUUCCUGUUAGUGUGAGAGGGAGGAAAAAGUAUUCAAAACUUAAUUUUUUUAAAACUGAUUAGAUGAGGACAGAUGUUUCAGAAAUCUAACAUGAUUACAGCAGAGAAUGCUACUCUUGAAUUCAGUUUCUAAUAACUGAUGCCUAUAAUGGCAUGAAUUUUAUUAACCUGGUACGUGUUUAGAAUUGAGUUGGUGCACUUAACUAAACAGUGGUCAGAGAGAUUCUAACUUAAGUGGUUGUGAUUUUUAGACUUACCAAUGUAGUUCUUGAUUUCUUGUGUUCAUUUCCUUGUUAAUUUAUUUGGCCUCAAACUUAAAAAAAAAAAAAAAAAAAAAAAAAAA